AUGGAAGUGGAUGAAACGUGCACGGAGGAGCCACCUCUUCAAGAAAUGUCGAUCGAGGAUCAGUUCAGAAAUAGAAUGCGCAAGCUGUAUCCUGCCGUUGACGAGAGCGUCACGCCUCUGCCGCGGUUUUGGACUUCCCACAAAGAACUCUCCUCGAAGCUUAUAAUUCAGCAAGGAACACGCGUUGAGUACAAAGGCCCUGGAUCAAAGGGAUACAAAGAUGCAGCAUCAGCGCGAACAAAUACCGAAAUACCCGCCGUAUGUGGACUUUACUACUUCGAAAUAACUGUUAUCAGCAAAGGCCGAGAUGGCUAUAUUGGGAUCGGAUUGGUUGCAUAUGGUGACGAGUCUCAGCAGCUAAAUGCGCAACAAGGAGUCGUUAGAUCAGGUUACAAUCGUCUACCUGGCUGGGAUCAGGACAGCUUCGGUUAUCAUGGCGAUGAUGGCAACGCAUUUUCGAAGUCUGCGCAUGGACAAAAAUAUGGACCAAUUUACGGGAGCGGCGAUGUUGUUGGCUGUUGUAUAAAUAUGGUGAACAGAACUAUCUUUUUUACAAAGAAUGGAAGUAAUCUAGGAAUUGUUUUUGAAGAUGUUCCCGAUAAACCAAUGUACCCAACAGUAGGUCUUCAGACCCCUGGAGAGCUGAUAGAAGCUAACUUCGGCCAAAAGCCCUUCCUAUUUGACUUUGAAAGCUAUCUUGCCGAUUUCAGAAGAGAUCAAAUUGUCCAGAUAAAAAACUUCUCAAUCGACGACACGGAUGGUUCUUUCCAACUCAAGAUUCAAGCGAUCAUUGCAAAUUACCUAAAUUACCAAGGCUACUCCAAAGCGGCGACUGCGUUCGAAGAGGCUACGCGAACGAAAUGCGCAGUUGAAGCAGAGGCUACCAAAAAAACAAGAAUCGGAAUUGUCAGCUGCAUUCUCAAGGGUGAGCUCACAGAAGCGAUCGCUCGCUUAUCAGCCGACUUUCCAAAUUUGCUCGAAAACAACCACGAGCUUGUUUUUCAACUGAAGUUCCAACAAUUAGUUGAGAUUAUCGGUGGUACAGAAUCCGAGAUGAAGAACUACAAAGAAACGGAACAUUCGUUUGGGAUGUUGCCUGCAAGCGCGCUGCAAGACUUCAUCGACAAGGGACGCCAUUUAAGAGAGUUUGUUCUCGAGUCCAACAGCGACAACGAGUCUAUGCUCAAGAAAAUAAAUCAAAUUAAAAAGAUUUCUACGUUGCUGAUAGACAACGACCCAAGUAAGAGCCCUGCUGCUGACCUGUUCGAAAAAAGCAGAAGACAAAAAGUUGCCACUGCCGUUUCCGCCGCAAUCAGGCAAUCACAAAAACUAUCAGCACGGCCCAAGGUUGCAGUUCUUGUCAAUCACGUUCGCCUUCUUCACGACACACUCCUUCAAAGAGAUAUUCCACAAGCUGCUUUCACACUUCCAGAAAACUUUCUGAAUGAAUAA